CGGUGGCGGUAUCGAGCUCAAGACUGGUUUAAAAGCACGUUCGUCGUUCGAAGAGACCUAUGAACCACUAGUGGAAGACGAUGAUCAGCCACUGUUCCGAGCGCGCAUAGGCCGUCGUUCGGCCAUGCCGCCAGACGAACCACGCGAGGACGAACAGGACGUGCACGUACUCAAAGCGCGAAUCGGUCGCCGUAGCAACCCCUCAGUUACCGGUUCUGUGACGAGAGCAGCCAGUGUCAUAUGCACCGACAGCGAAGGCAGGAACGUGCACCACAUCCUUUCCGACGGCGUUGAUAUUGCUAGGCGGCCUAGCCGGUCAAUGUCUAUCGACCCAGGCCAGGGAGACACCACUGUUCCGGAAUCCGUCAGCAGGGUGUUGCACAGGGCCCGCAGGCACCGCCAUUCCCCCUGGUCCAGGUCCAGGUCCAGGUCGCGCCACAGGAGCCACAGAUACCGCAGACCGCUGUGCGAUCUUAGGCGCUCGUCACAGAUGUCGCACGCGGUGCAGCUCAUCCGUGCCGCCUCUGUACCGCCUUAUCAGUACAUGUGUGCUCAGCAACCUGCCACUCAGGUGUACACGUCAUUCUCGCCGCCUCCUAUGCCGCCUCCUGUGCGGCCGCCUCUUUAUUCACCUUCCAUUGUGCCACCCGUUUGCAUGGAGCCGAACCUUCGCUUCGAAAACCGCAGGUACCACAGACGUCCCCCGCCAUGGGUUUUUCGGCGGCAGCCGCCGCCGUAUACUCAGGAGAUGAUUAUUUCGCAGCAAAACCUGUCGCAGGUACAGCCCGCCUCAUUGGCAACCGCGAGCAGGGCGACGACCACCGCAUCGUUCGCCACAGCGCUCGAUGCCGAAGUCUCUCAACAGCAGCAGCAGCAGCAGCAGCAGCAGCAGCAGCAGCAGCAGCAGCAGCAGCAGCAGCAGCAGCAGUCAACCAUGAUUAUUUCUCAAGGAAGCACAAACGAAGGCCCUUCGGCGCAGUUCCACGUGACCACAUCAGCGGCUGUUCCGGAGACGACUGUCGUAGUAGAACCGCUAGACCAGACACUCGUUUGCGUUACCACAACACCGGCGACAUCGGCGAGGCGCUCAGAUUCGACGGCAUGCCGACGACUAUCAACGUCUACGGAAAUCAGGCCCAGCACCACAGCGCAAAGCGUCGACGCCGUUCACUUCGCCGAGAGCUCGCAGGGAAACGACGGCAGCUCAAGCUCGGAUACACAUGUCACAACCGUGUGGCAAGCUCGCUUCCUGGAUGAGUGGGAGCAGGAAAAACAGCCACCCGAAGCCAAAUCAACUGACCUGAUAAUUUCCAGGGAGAACCGCUUGUACGGUACCUUGGUGAAGAAUUUGCCCCAGCGUGGUCACAGCAUGCUUUACAUUAUCCUACUGGUGGGCACGCUUGCAGGAAUGGCAGCCACCUUCAGCAUUUAUGCCAGGCGUCAAGCACGCCAUGUGAGCACGGAGAACGACGCCGAUACUGAAGGCAGUGGCCAGCAGCCGUUGAUGUUCGGCCCAUGGGUGAAUGGUGACACCGCCAAGAGGGCGUCCUGCUUCGACCCGUCAUGCAUCAACCAGUUUGUACAGCUGUCUCGGUCGCUUGACUCUACCGUGAGUCCGUGUCAGAACUUCUAUGGUCACGUGUGCUCUGCGCGGCGGACCAACGGCACCGUUGACGAGCAAAUAGCACAACAGACCGAAUCCCGUGUGGUAGGCUUUUUUAAGGGCAUCGGCAGCCCCGACAGGGACUUGCCUGUGGCGUCUGCCUCGAGACGCCUCUGGAAGGACUGCGUCGACUUGGCUACGCUGAGCAAGUUAGGCAGGGCGCCUUUGCAGGCACUGCUCAACCUGACGGGCUUGGGUGGCUGGCCGUACGCUGGCGUAGUGCAGCCUGGGCAAGUGUGGAGGACGGCCGGCAGGCUGCAGCGGCUCAUGGGGCUGGCACCACUCGUCGGUGUUGUUGCGCUGCCCGAUGGCGCCAUGCAACUGGUCCCGGGCGACCAGGGGAGCCUGGAAGCCGACGACGUGCUCGACUCUAUGCUGGCACUGCGGCGCAACAACUCGCGUCUGCGCGAUUUGGCGGCGGACGUGGCCGACCUGGGGCGACGGCUGAGCGGCUUGCACGAGCGUCGCGCGCCCACCGACGGCGCCGACGUGCAACCGCCGCAGCUCUACCUGGACGCGGCGCUAGAAGGUUUGCAGAGGCCAAGCCAAGUGCACGUAGGCGAGGCAGGAUUGCUGAAGCAGUACAUGCUUCUCGCGAACAAGAGCAGUUCCCGUACGGUGCUUAACCUGCUCGGCUACAGGCUUAUCCGACACGUUGACCUCUUCACGCCGGCUGUUGUGAAGGCUGACCUCAACUCGGGAGCCUCAUCCAGAAGGGAGUCCCUGUGCGCGCGCAUGACCCUCGAAUAUGCACUGACGGGCGACGCAGCCGAGUACGUGCGCUACGCAUCGCUGCGAAGCCACCUUGACUUCGACUUGGUGCGAUCGACAGUGGCGCAGCUGAAGCGCGUGCUGGUCGCGAAGCUGUCGGAACUGCGUUGGAUGGACGGCGCCACGCGUAAGAGCGCCCAGACGCGCCUGCGGGAGCUCAAGGUGCGCUUCUUCUUCGACCGAUACGAGGGCAGCAACGGGAGCGCGCAGGCCCGCUGGCCGACCGCACUCCCGUCGCAGGCGUUGGCCACCUACCAGAGGUUCCGCGAGGCGCGCUUCCGGAGCCAGUUGUCCCAAGGCGACGACGUGCUGGGCGCCGAGCAGCAGUGCGCCUACGACGUCGGAUACAAGGUGCUGUUCGUCGGGCUGUCUGUCGUGGAGGUGCGCGAGCCCGAGAACCCCGCGUGGCCCGCGUUUCAGGCGGCGCGGCUGGGCCCGCGCCUGGCGCGCUGCCUGCUGCACGUGCUGCUGCAGCGCGUGCACUGGUCGGCCGCGUCACGUGGCCGGCUGGACGCACUACGUAGCCGCGGCUGCGGAGGUACGACGGUUGCCGACGUUGGAGCCCUGGCGCCGGCCAAGGACGUCUUCGACACGUACGUGCGCCGGCUCGGACAAGGCGCCAGCAACACGCCCAGCUGGGACAAGGCGUUCUACCUUGUUUACGCCAACUCUCUGUGCGAGGACCCGGACCACCAGAGGAGACCACAGCAGCACGACGGUCCGCACUGGGAGCGCGUCAACAGGCCGUUGUCCACCGACCCGAAAUUCCAGAAGGUGUUCCAGUGUCACCCCCAAGAAAGCAACAGCGCGUGCUCCUUUUGGGGAGCAUGAUGAUCCCGACUCGGUUCACUCGCCCCAACUAUUUCCAAUUAAAUAGUCACCGUACAUUUGUCAGUCA